AUGAGUUAUGACCAUUCUCAGCAAAAAGAACAUUUAUGCCGGGUUGCAUUUCAGGGAACACUAUCCCAUAUUUGUAUACACAAACGUAUAAAGGCAAUCCCUGAGGCCGAACGGCAGCGGGCCACCGGGCCAAAGGAUACCAUAGGCACCAUUCUGUCACAGGGCCCAACAUUUAUGAUGGAUAAAGGUAAGGAGACCAGUUCAAGCUACCAGCAAAGCGGCCCUUUGGUGUCUUCGGUGUCGUUGGUCGAUUACUUAUGA